UUCGCACAGUUAAGUAGUGGCAACGAAAGCGAAAAGGUCUUGUCACAAUGCUGAGCCAUAGUCUAAUCUUAACCAGCUGCCUGCUGUUGCUGCCUGCUGUGUGGGGUUACUUCGAGGGCUGCGAUAACACCUAUCCACUGCAAAAGGGCACCGUCUACGUCGAGUCGCCCUACUACCCCAAAAACUAUCCGGCACGCACCUCGUGUCGCUACAAAUUCAUCGCUCCAACGGAUCACUACAUCAAGAUACAGUGCACUAUAAACUUGCCAUCGAAUAAUGGACAGUGCUCCACGGAUAACUUCUGGGUGGACAAUGAAGGAGAUUUGUUAAUGCGUGGCGCUGAGAACUUUUGCGGCAGCGGCACCUUAAAUAGAGAAUCACUUUUCACGGAACUCGUCUUUGCCUACAUUUCGACGGGCAGCGUAUCGGGAAAUUUCAGAUGUACAGUGACCGUUCAACCGCAGAACUGCAAUUGCGGAUGGUCGGCCAGUCCACGGAUCUCCAAUGGCCAGCAGGCAGCGGCCAAUGAGUUUCCUAGCAUGGUGGCACUCAAGGAUAGAACCAGUAAUAUUCCCACCUUCUGUGGCGGUGUAAUUGUCUCCCAUCGUCAUAUUAUUACCGCUGCUCAUUGCACGCUUCAGGUUAGCCAAGCCACCAACAUUGUGGCCAUUGCGGGCACCAAUAAUCUACAAAAUCCCACCAGCUCUAUUUACUACGCUCAGUAUGCCAUACAGCAGAUGAUAAGACACGGACAGUAUGUGAAUGAUCCCAAUGUGAUUAAUGAUAUCGCAGUGUUGGUAACGGCUGCCACUAUUAAAUGGUCACGUGGUGUAGGCCCGAUUUGUCUACCCCCUCAGGGCACUACAAGUUCCUUUGCCUAUGACACUGUUGAUGUAAUUGGUUGGGGCACCACAACCUUUGCCGGUUACACUUCUCCUACUCUGCAGAAGAUCAAUCUUAUGGUUAUUAACAACCAGGAUUGCCAGACGGAGUACAGCGGUGUGGCCACCAUCAACUCUGGCCAAAUUUGCACAAAUGAUUACACUGGCAACAAACGGGAUUCCUGCCAGUACGAUUCAGGUGGUCCGGUCAUCAUGCGAACCUCGAGGCACUUCCUUGUGGGUGUCAUCAGUUUCGGCAAACAAUGUGCCUCCGAAUCUUAUGCCACGGGCGUCAAUACCCGAGUCACAACAUAUAUUACCUGGAUACGGAAUACGAUUGGUAACUCCAACUGCGCUGUAUCUAGUAUGUAAAAUUCUAUAAGCGGUUAGUAUGCCACAAUAAUGUAAAUCUCCAAGGAUACGUCUUGAAAAUGUAAAUAAAAACAAUAUAUUUAUCUUA